AUGAUAGAGACUGGCACCGGUUGUAAGGAAGCCAGAAUUGUAGAGUGGAUUCCAGAACAAACUAUGCAGCAAAACUACGAUUUUUCUAGUUAUUUUAGACCCAGUAUUAUAAUUUUGAAAAUAUUGGGAUUUUGGAGGCCCGAGAGAAAUAUGAAAUUCAAGGGAAUAUACAACUGCUACACCGCCCUCUGCUCUUUAAUUUGGGUGCAAUUUUUACUAUCGCAAAUAAUCUACAUUAUUAAUAAUAGGAAUGAUGUCCAAGAAGUUACAGCUGUUUUAUCCGUAACAGUGACAUUCACCAUUAACUUGAUACAAAUGAUGUUCUUUUACAAGAACACGAAUUACUUGAAAAUACUAAUAAAAGAAAUGAAUAGACCGCUAUUUCAAGUGAAAUGCCAAAAACAUUAUCAUAUUGCUAAAAAUACCGAAAGAAUGUAUAAAUUAAUGUUUAAAUCUUGUCUUUACUUGGCAAUACUAACUGAUGCCUUGGUUACAGUUGUGCCAUUGAUGGGGAAGGAAAAGAAGUCUUCAAUAAAAGGAUGGUUCCCGUACGAUUAUACUAAGCCUUUGUACUUUAUUUUAACCUAUAUUUUCCAAAAGUUAGUUUUUAUAUGGAACACAUUCAUAUGUUUGAAUACUGCUAUGACAAUUAUAGGUUUGUUGACUCAAUUUGGGCUGCAGUGUGAUCUACUUUGCUGUACGUUAGAUUCUUUGGAUGAUUUCUAUACGGAAGGCAAUGUCCUGUAUGAAAUCAGUUUGGAAGAUAAGUUAAAACUGACAAAAGAUAGAGAAAGAUUCUCGAUAGAAAUGACAAAAAAUUUGGUGAUAUGCGUAGAGCAUCAUCGGCAAAUCAUAAGGGUUGUCAAGGAUGUAGAACGAAUCAGUGGAACUGGUUUAUUUAUUCUUUUUGUUGGAGGAGGGCUGAUUUUGUGUUCAUCCUUAUUCCCAUUAUCUGUUAGUUCGUUAAUUCUACAAUCGGCUUUCAAUACACCUUGGAUAGGCUGUAACGUCAAGUUCCAGAAAAUCAUGUUGUUGUACAUGAUGAAAACUUCUAAACCGAUGAGUAUACUCACAGGAGGACUGUUCACAAUGUCUGUGCCGGUUUUCGUCUCAACACUGCGAACGGCUUACUCUUACUUUACCCUGCUCCAGAAUAUUCAGUGA